UAAAAGCGAUGGCUAUGGCGAACUAGGGUCUCAUGUUUUUUCGACGAUGGGAUCCGGGUAAUCAGAGGAAGAUUCGGAGGCGAGCAAAACUCUAUCACAAUGACAAGAUCGGGAAGAUAUGGAAUCGAAGAAGAAAUUGGGCAAAUAGGAUUCUUUUGGAUUCGCGAAAGACUCUGUGGGCCAGAGACAAGAUCAGGAUCAGAAGGACUAGAACAUCAAUAGGAUAUUCGAAACGGAUACAGAAUCCAGAGGAUCAAUCACAACACUAUCGUGGCAUGAUCUUCGUUAUCAUCAAAAUGAGAUCUUUGUCAAUUGAUAAUGUGAUUCGGGGAAAUAGGAUACGAUCUGCUCUUCUUGAUUGGCAAACAUGGAUGUUGCAUAUGUUUGAUAAGGAAGCUUGGGAAAGAUUUAUUGGGUUAAUGAAUAUGGAAAAGAGAGCUGGUGCAAGUAAGCAAUUGUUUUCUGCAACUGUAGGAGGAAACACAAAGAAGAGUUCUAUGUUGGUCUUUGGCCAAGGGUUGGGGUACGGGUGAAAAGUCUGGAAUUAUGUGGUUGAUUUGGUUCUCAUUGACGCUUGGGAUCGACUUUAUUGGUCUCUUCACGUUUGGGCAUACUCUUGGCUUGGUCUCAUUAAACCAAGUGCAGAGAAUAUAUGGAGCCAUGAAGGUCAUCAGGUUUGUUUCAUUGGUGAUGCUGUACGAUGAGAGAGUUUGCGUAAGAGCUACGGUGUUUCAUUAUUUGAGUUUAUCUCGAGUCCCCUUAUCAGAGGAGAGAUCAAUGUAUGCUAUGUUACUGAUUUUUUUGGAUAGAGGAAACAGUUUAAGAGAUGGGGUACA